AUGGUGCUACAAAUCGCCUCUGUCAGGGGAAAAACACUAUUUCAGCUGCUCUCAGACAAGUUGGCCUUCAUAAUAGGGUUUUGUGAUCUCUUUCGUUUCUUUCUUUCUUUCUUUUUUUCUCUAUUUUCUUUAUUCUGUUUUUCUUUCACUUUCUCUCUUUCUUUCCUUCUUUCUUUUCACCUUUUCUCUUUUUUCAUUUUUUUUCAUCUUUCUCUGAAAUUCUGCUCAUCUUCUUUCGCGAUUUCUUCUCGGCUCGUUCAAUUUUUUCUUUCUUUCUUUUUCUUUUUCUUUGUUUCUUUGUUUCUUUCUUUCUUUUUCCUUGUUUUUAUUAUUUUUUUUAUUUUUUAUGUUUGUCUGUUCUUUAUUCUCUCGUUUUUUUUCCCUUUUUUUAACACCAAUACGUUCUUCUUCUUCUCCUUCUUCUUCUUCUUUCUUUCUUUCUUUCGUUCUUUCUUUCUUUCUCCCCAUUCCUCCUUGGCUUAUAUUUAUUUUGUUCAUUCAGUUCUUUUUUCUUUCUUUCUAUUUUCUUUGUAUUUUUUCUUUCUCUCUUUCUUUCUUUCUUUCUUUCGAAAUUGGUUACUUGUACCUUCUACGAUUUUGUUUGCUUUCUUUUCUUUUUUUAUGUUUAUCUGUCAUUCGUUCUCUCGUUUUUUUUUUCUCUUUUUUUCAACUGAUAAAUUCUUGUUCUUCGUCGUCUUCUUUCUUUCUUUUCUCUUUGAUAUAUUUUUAUUUUGCUCUAUCUCUCAUCUGCUACUGACCUUCUUCCUCUUUUCUAAGUUCGUUCAGUUCUUUUUCUUUCUUUCUUUCUUUCUUUCUUUCUUUUUCUUUCUUUCUUUAUUUCUUUCUUUUUUCUUUCUUUCUUUCUUUCUUUCUUUCUUUCUAACUUGUUUUUUUUUAUGUUUAUUUGUCCUUUUUUCUCUCGUUUUUUUUUUCUCUUUUUUACCGAUGAUACUUUUACAUUUUCUUCUUCUUUCUUUCUUCUUUUGUUCUAUAUUUAUCUUUCUUUAUCUCUCACCUCCAGCUCAUCUCCCUAUCUUUAUCCAAGGCUCGUCCAGUUUUUUUUCUUUCUAUUUAUUUUCUAUUCUUUCUUUCUUUCUUUCUUUCUUUCUUUUCUUUCUAAGUCGGUUGCUUGUACUUUCUACAACUUCGUUUGCUUGCUUCAUUUUCUUUUUUAUGCUUAUCUAUCAUUUAAUCUCUCGUAUUUUUCUUUUUUUUUCUACUUAUAAUUUCUUCAUCUACGUAGUCUUCUUUCUUUUUUUCUUUCUUUUCUCUUCUUUGAUCUAUUUUUAUUUUGAUCUAUCUCUCAUCUUCUGCUCGUCUUCUUACUCUCUUUCUUGUAAGUGUAUUCAGUUCUCUUUCUUUCUUUCUUUCUUUCUCUCUGUCUGUCUUUCUUGGUUGUACUUUCUACUAUUUAGUUUCUUCGCGUUUUUUUUUCUCUUUUUUUACCACUGUCACGUUUUUUCUUGCUUUCUUUAUUUCUUUUUUUCAUAA